GACAAUAUUUUACAGAAACAUAAUCGGGCUUGCCCAAUAAAAUACAAGUCACGUGACCCACACUGCCAAUAUGGACUUCAAUUUUUCUGCCUAGUUAAGCACCUCCAUAACCAGCCUAUGCUCUGACGCCAGUCAACCGUGCAUUAUGUCCAUCUUUUCAGACGAAAUCGAACCAUCGAAGCUACCACAGUCGUCCCGCUUCUUCAACCAAACAACUUUACCAGAUUUACGGACCUUCUUGCUCACAAAGAACAAUAAGCCGCUUGCAUUCAAUGGACAGCAUUCCAAUAUAACGUAUAACCCCUACAACUUUCCCCAACUGAAGACCAAAGCUAACUUCCCGUUGGACUUCUUUCACUUGCCCAACAAAAUCCACCUCACUGGGUUGCCAAAUAGCGAGAAUCCAGAGCCUGAGAGCAUACCGUCCUACAAGCUAGAUGACAACCAAGCCAAAGAUCCCAUUAGGUUUUUUGAAAGCGUUGCAGAAGAAGCCAGGAAUUAUGGGGCCAUAAAAGUGAAGAUUCCUGUAGUCCAGGAUAAUCUUUUACGAUCUAACUUCCAAAUCAACUCCGACUUGUUUUGGUUUCAAAGUAACAAGUUGUUGAACAAUAGCCACCAAGAUGAGUUAAAGAACCGCUUACAGUUUCACUCGGAGCUCAUAAGGUUUCACAUGAGCGAUGAAAAGGAACCAGAUCAACAGAGUACCCAGGAUGAACAGAUAACUCGAGAUGCUACGACUGACAUACCAACGGACUCACAAUGUGAGAAAGAAAGUACCGAAAGUGUUCAGAUACCCGAUUUAAACGCCUCAGUUUCCGAGAAGAGCUUUAAUGGUUCAGAGAUUCUGUUGUCCAAUGUGCCAGUCAUAGAUGGCGUAGAAACUCCAGAUGCCCCCCUUCACGAUCUUACGAAAUCUUCCCUUGCAGCUGCUGAAUCAGCCUUAAAUAAUACCGAUGCUGCAGAUCCAAAUGUUCAACUCAGUGUUGCCACAAAUGGCGAUGAGUUGCAAACAGCAGGUAUUGAAAUCGCUGAUUCCCAAGCCACUGAAGCCGAUCAAACAGAGAAAAAUGUGCCAAAUGUAUCAUUUCUCUUGGAUAGGAAUACGUCUAUAAAUAGUCUCUUGAACUCACCCUCAGUUCAGCCUUCGGAUUCGCAAGAGACUACUGCAGAAAGUACGCAACCUUUAACUGCUCCAUCACAUCCAGAAAAUUCAUCUGGGCUGAAGACAAUCAAAUCUGAGUCAAGUUCGGAAUUGGAUUCAGCUACGCCCUUGGGGUCAAACCAGAAUCUCAAUUUGGACUCCCCUAAUCUACUGAAAGAGUCCAAAAAACUCUCAAAAAAGAAGCAAAUUCCAUCAUUCUUAAUGAAGCUACCAAUGAUUGAUAAGCGUCCAAUAGAUUUAUAUAAGCUUUUCCGUUCCGUGGUUAUCAGAGGUGGCUUUGUCGAGGUUAUUAACAAAAAAUUAUGGGCACAGAUAGGACGAGAGUUGGGAUAUAAAGGAAAAAUCAUGACCAGUUUGAGUAGCUCUCUUAAGUCUUCCUAUCAGAGGAUAUUAUACCCUUUCGAAGUGCAAUUAGGUCAAAGAAAAUUUGGACUUGCUGGAUUGGAUACCCCAGACCAGGGCAAUGAAGAGGAUCGCAAUCCAGCUCACACUGUGAAAGUGGAGGAUGAAGUUGAUUACAAAGAGGAGCCCAAUAUUAAUGGCAAAAGAGAAAUUAACCAAAUGAGCACGGAAUCUAGAAAACGGAGAAAUCCAUUAAUUUUAGGUUCAGGGAUUGAAUUUCAAAGAUCAGUUCAACUUAAGGGGUCGAAAGGUUUCCUAGUGAAUACACCCCAUUUGAUUGAUAUAAAGCCACCAAUAUCUUUCACUAUUAAAGAUGAAGAUAAUAUUUCUACAAAGAAAGGAAAAAAGGGGCAAGAAAUAACUGAGUCACCAAUUUUGCCACAGAAUCAACUUAACCAUUCCUUAUCCAACAUGCUUAACAGUCCAUCAAAUAGUUAUCAAGAUGAAUCAGGCUUAAAAGCAGUGCCUAAAAUUGCAUCUAUCUACUCGAUGCGUCAAUUUAUGGAAAAGGACUUGAAGUUUCAAGAGUUCAUAGUUCAGCAUAAUGCGUCAUCUUUCAAUAAGAUGUCUGCAAAUUUCCCUAGCUUCUAUCAUUUCAAUGAACCAAAUAUGCCAAUUCCGGAGAGAAACUUCAUCAAGUUUGAUAAGUAUGAAGAACUAUAUUGGAAAUUCGUACUGAACGAGGAUUCCAAUCAUCCGUUGUUAAAGGAUGGACUUGAAUUGGAGCAUGGCGAAAAUCUUCUUAGUUUGAUCCACGGAUCUGGAUUCGUGAAAAUUGGUGAUGAUUUGAUGAAUUAUAAGAAUAAUUUGAACAAUCUUAAUAUCAAUGCUUCGAGCAAUAAGAUCAUCAACACGGCCAACAAUAAGAUAAUUAACACGUUUGUUCCAAACACGAAUACUCAGGUUAGUUCUAAUAGCUACCCUACUGGAAGUAAUCCAAUUUCGUCAACUACAACCCCAGCGAAUGAUGUUGAUCUGUUCAAUACUGACUAUUACAUAUCCAAUAUUCUUCAAUCAGCAAUGAACCCUUGGAAUUUGCACAAUCUCCCAGUACUUCCAAACUCCCUAUUUGGUGCUUUAUCUGAGAAUGAUAUCAACAAUCAGGAUUUAACCAACUCUAGGAUUAACAUUGGUAUGACCUUCAGUACACAGAAUUGGAAAUGUGAAGAUCAUUUCACACAACUUAUAAACUACCAUUUUUUUGGUGCCUUCAAGAAGUGGUAUUUCAUUCCUGAACUGGAGUUUGAGAAGUUUGAAGCCUUGAUUCUAGAGGUAAAUGAAAGCAACAAAGAUAGAGUUAGUAUCAACAAUGACAAUUGGGCCAUUGAAGAGUUGUUGGAACUAAUUGGAAACAAUGAGGGCUCUGAAAUUAGGGGGUUGGAGUAUGAUACUUUAGUGAACUCUUUGGAAAACAUGAUAAAUCCCUUCCAAGAUGAACGAUUGCCUCAUUCCAAUGUCGAAUUCCAGAAAUUGAUAAGUGCAAAUAGCAAAAAAAUCAGAUUCAACCAGGACUUUUUAAUAACACCUCAGAUGUUAAGAGAAAGAGGCAUUAAAUACUCGACUACCAUUCAAAAGCCUGGUGAAUUUGUCGUGAAGUCAUCCAAAACAUAUUCAUUAGCUCUCUCAUUCGGAUUGAACUUCAGCGAAGAAGUCAAUUUUGCCACCCAAACCUGGCUACCUUAUGCCACUGAAGCAGAACAAUGGUUAGCAAAACAGUCCAUACUACCAAAUUUCCUGACAUUCAAAUUAUUAGUAAAUUUGAUUCAAUUAUAUGAUUCAGGUAAAAGCAUUGGAUUUAAUUCCCUGAUUUACUCAAAAGUGGGAUCAUUCUACGAGGAGAUGUACCGAAAUGAGCUAGAAAUUCGAUUUAAAAUUAGGAAGCUCAAGAUUAAGGAGAUGAUUAUCGAUAGUGAAAAUACUUGUGACUCUAUUUCCGAUGAUAAUUUUGUGAAUGCAUUUCCAUCCAAAAUUGUUUUGACCGACCGUUCCACAAGUCAAUCCUUCAUUUUGGCACCUUCUACGUUCAUUAAACUUCAUGAUGAAAAGAUAAUCCCUUUUGAGAAAUUUAAAAUAGAAUUUCAUUUGUUCUACUCAGAUGAUAAGUUGAGAAAUUUUUCAAGAAUAUUGAAUGGAUAUUCUAUUGAUUAUGAGCAGUGGACUCAGAAGUACGAAGAAUUAAUGACUGAGAAUACUGACCUUGCGCUUAAGGUGUACAAGGGCCUUCUUAAUGAUGGAGAGAGAAUCUAUUCUGCUAUAUCUUCGGCCAAUUUUUUAAUCGGAGGAAGCUCAGAGGAAGAUAAAAAGAGAAUCAAUGAAUUGAAUAAGUUUAAGAAUCAUAUUGAGAACUUAAAAUUGUUCAUUGAAGACUCAAACAAGUUUAUUGACGAGUGUCAGAAUUUGUUAGCCAUAAAACACCAUCAAAGAAUAAGGUCAGGGAAUGAAUUUCAGUCGUCGAAGGGAUUGGAGGAUUUAGUCAAAUUAGUAGACCGGAUUCCAACACUUAACUUUUCUUGCAUAGAAAUAGAUCAAAUCCUUGAGUUCAAGUCAGAAAUCGAGAAUUUUGAUAAGGCGUCUAGAAUGUUAUUGUCGAAGAAGAACAGAUCUUUGAAGGAAUUUGAUGACUUGAUUGAUUUAGGUGAAAGUUUCGGUAUUGAAAUCCCAUCAUUGAAAUUCUUGAUCAGAAUUAGAGAUCGUCUCAAGUGGUUGUCUAGGUUUAACCUCAUAGAAAAAGGAGACGACCCCUUCAGUGACAAGAAGGAAAUUUUCACAUUGCAACAUCUUCAGGAUUUCUUUGACACCGGAUUGAAAGUUCUCUCUGAAGUGGACCUUCCUAAAAUUAUCGAGCUCGAGAAAAUUCUCAAGAGUAGUUUGAAUUUCAACAAGGAGUUAGAUCGCUUUUUACAAUACGAAUCAGCAGAUCAAUUGAAUCUUGACCAGCUCCAGAAGUUUGUUGCAAAGUUUCAGGGUGAAAGACUUUUCUUAGGGCUUGAAACGUACAACGAACUUUCCAAGGUACAUUUGAAUUCUAAGUUGAUCACUCAAUACAUUGAAUUCAAAGAGCAAAAGUACUCGAAGUACUCGUACUCAGAUUUGAGGACUUUGCAGAGCAGCUUAGUUGAAAACGAAAUUCGAUUUAAUCCUCAAGAGAUUGUGCACAAAUUAUACUCAACAGAGCAAUGGGUGUAUAGACUUUGGGAAGAGGUUAGAAAUAAGAAAGUUGUUACCACUUUGAGUAAAGAGAUGGACCUCAAGCAUCUAAACCCAAAGUUCACCUUAGAGGGAAGACUCAUCGAAAAGUUUUACCAGUUUUUGUAUAAAAAUGAGUUUAACUUUGCUGUGGAAGAUACACACGAAAUUUCCUCAGCAUACCUCAUGAAAUUUGUUGAUCCUGAGAGUGAAAUUGCACCUACUUAUUAUUGCAAUUGUCGUGAGUAUGAAUUUGGCACGAUGAUUGAGUGUGAUAAGUGUAAUGAAUGGUAUCACAUUGUAUGUGUUAAUGAAGGUGAAGAACAUCAAGGUAACGAUGAUGAGAGCUACACUUGUCCUGUGUGUCAAUUGAUUGAGUCAAAUAGCACAACAGAUGAGUAUCUUAGAGGAAAGGUCACUUGGAAUCGCGUCAAAGAGAUGGUGGACGAGGGCAGAGGUUUGAAGGUCUACCCAGCGAAUGAGUUAAACUCGUUAGAAGAGGUUUACUUGGGCUUCACCAAGCAUUAUGAGGAUGUGAGAAAGAAAAUUGAAGAAGCAAAGAGGGAUCCAAGAUCGUCGGAAUUGAGGCUCGAUCUUUUUAAGUUUUUCCUCAGGAAGUUGUAUGGUAGUGGAAUUUUAUUCCAGGACUUGUUGGAAGAGGUUGUGAAUUUAGUGAGAGAAGAGGAGCGUAAGAUUGCUAUGCAACAACCCGUGCCACAGCCCGCAGAUGUCGAGGUACCAUUGCACGAAGUGAAUGGUAAUCAUAUGGCACUGUCUAGCUCUAUUGACAAACAGCAAAUUACCACCGGCCAAACAGUCAUAGGUGUCCAAGAUGCAACUGCCCCAAUAGACAGAACAAGCGCAGAACCGCCAAUUUCGGCCCCACAGCUCCCCAAUGACAUUCAGCAAACACCAGCAUCAGUUUUGGAAGCUCAAUCUGUGUUACCAAUCCGCAAUACCGACCCAUCGGUUUCUGCUUCACCAGACCAGCCAGGACAGAGCCAGCAAGUGCAAAUUGAGCUGGAUGUGACUGAACCAGCCGUUGAUCCCGCUCUAGCUACCUCAGGCACCAUGCAGGGCCAGUCCCAAUCUGCUGUUGUACUGCCUCCAGUAGUUUUACCUGCUAGGGCUGAGCCAGCUGUUUUUCCAGCGUCCGAUCUCCCUCCGUUGGAGUCUACAAUAGACCAGUUAAUUCAAGCUACCCACAGUCCUGUUGACAAUCUGAAUCAGAGCACAUCGGAGUCUGGCCAGAACUAGUAUGUAUUGACGUGGGAGACUAAUAUACCAAAUAAAUAUUGAUAGAAGCAUUGUAAAUUCGCAAAACGUAUCGUAGUCAAAUUAGGGCCUUUUAUCACCAUUCUUCCACCUGUGGCCUUUACAAUUUGGCUCUUGACCACAUAUUUAUCGUAUCAUACGGAACCACUUCGCCCCACAUCCGUUGCAGCUGCUAGUCUUGGUUCAAUAUUCC